UUGAGAGGGAUCACACCAGCACACCAGUGUGACAUGUAAUACCCACCACUGUAUAAAAAAAACUCGUUGCCACAAUAAUAAGUGAAAUAUUUUUUCAUCAAUUUUUUUUUACAUGAAUCAUUCGAUACCAAGUUGUACUAUUGUUUACAAAAAAAUUAAUUUAUUUCAACCUGUUUUUAUCACAUCAAUUAGUUUUAAAAUUAAAAUAAGUGAUUAAUUAUUAUUUAUUAAUUUAAAUAACAAAAACAAUUUAAAAAAAAAGAAAUGUUUUUUUAUUCUAUAAAAUUCGUUGAUGCAUUAUUUUUAAACGAGCGUCGUUAUUUUUGUGUAUAUCACGUGACGAGUAAUUAAAGGUGUGUUGUUUUUAAAUUUACUCCAAAAAUUUAAAUUAAUUUUUUUGGAGUAUAUUUAUUGGACGCCGGUUUAUUCAUCGUUGAUCUUCGAGGAUCUCCUGAUCUCAGCGCACCAGUCUCAUCCCAGUGGAAUGGCAAGUGCUGGACUUGAAGUUAAGGAGGCAGGACGUGCCUUGAAGGUACAUACUGAAUCACCACAUUUGGUUUCUAUGGGUGGUGGAAGAUUGUCAACAGCUGUUACUCUUCAUCCUCUACCUGAAGGACGUGUUAUAUUGGGAUCCGAUCGAAAUGCUGAUAUACCAGUAUCUGGUACCGGUGUUGAACCAGUUCACUGUGCAAUUGAAAAUAAUAACGGUGUAGUUACACUUCAUCCCAUAAACGGAAGUACCUCGAUUGACGGGGUUGUCACAAAUUCAUCGAUCAGACUUGCUCAAGGUUGCAUGCUAUCAGUAGGACGUUCAAAUUACAUGAGAUUUAAUCAUCCAGCUGAGGCAAAUCAUUUAAAAUCAGUAUUGCCAAAUCCACGUAUAUCAAUGGCACCAAUUAGUUUUUCUUUAUUAUCAUCAGAUAAUAUUGAUUUAGAACGUAAACCACCAGUUGCACCAAGAAAAUCACCAAGAAGUUCAUGCUCAGAUGAUGAAGUUGGAUUUUUUGGUAAAUUAUCAAAAUUUGAAAUGCUUGCACGACAAAAUCGUAAUUGUGUAUCACCAAAAGUAUUUCCAGCUGGUUCAUUAACAACAAAUGUACCUGCUGAUCAAAUUUUAGGACAUUCAAGAUCAUCAAGUCUUUUAACAAUUAAUAAAUAUCAUAAUUCACCACUUCAAAAUGUUACAAAUAUCGAUAGAAAUCGUUCACCAAUAACACCAAAUUCACAAUAUCAUACAACAAUACCAAAUCAAAUUUAUAAUAAUAAUAAUAGCAAUAAUAAUAGCAAUACAACAGAUUUAUUUCAAAAAUUUAAUAAAACAAAUUAUUCUGAGAAUAAUAAUGAAAAUAAUGGUUCACAAAAUUCAUUAAAUAAUAAAUUACAAAAUAGCAAUUAUGAUUUAAUGUCUAAGAGUUUUUAUUGUCAACGUACAACAGAUACAAGUUAUGAUAAAUUUGGACGUGAAUUUGAUAUGAGCCAGAGUUUAAUUGUAACAAAAACAACAACAACAAUGACAACGACAAAUGAAGAUUUAAAUGUUGAUAAAUUUGGUUCAAAUCCAAGUUUAUAUAGUCGUCAAUCAAAUGGAUCAUUUAAUGGUUCAUUGAGUAGUCAUAGUAUAUCAUCAAAUACAAAUGUAACACGUUUACAACAACCAAGUCCAGCAUUUAAUCGUAAUCCAAAAUAUAAUAAUGAACAAAAAAAAUUAUAUGGAAGAGUUAAAAGUCCAACACCAAGUAAUGGAAGUGGUUGUUCAUUGGAUGAAUUACGUGAAAGACAAAUUGAAGCUGAAUUAAAAAGAAAAGAAGCUGAAAAUAUGAGAAUACAAGCACAAAAAGAUAGAUUUAGAGAACAAGAAAUUGAAAAACAAGAAAAAAUGAGACUUGAAGAAAUAUUAGUUAUGUGUGCUGAGUAUGAAAGACAAAGUAAUCAAGAAAAACCAAGACAACCAAAUAGAAUUAAAACAAAUGGAUCAUUACCAAGAGAUAAAAGACCUGGCUAUAAUUCACCAUUUAAUAGUCCAAAAAAUUCACCACAAUUUUCAUUUGAAUCACCAAAUGCAACAAGAAAAAUCAUCAAUCAAAAUGAAAAUUCACCAAAUAGUUUACAAUCAAAUUCAUCAUCAAUGGAAAGAUUAUCACCAAGUACAAAUACAUCAUCAUCAAAGUGGCAAAAUGAUUCAAAUUCGACAGUACAAUCUCAAAGUUUUAAUUAUGAGAAUGUUAAAAUAACAAUUGAUGAUGAUAAUAAUUCUCAUAAUACGAUACGAAACGAAACAACACGACAAUCACCAAUAACAAUUGGUAAUACGAAAUCUAAUAAUGAAAUAAUAAAUAGUAAUUCAAGUUAUGAAAGUAUGUCAAUAAAUGGUAACACAAGUAUUUAUGAAAAUGUUAAUAUUUCAUCAAUGCAAAAUAAUAAUAAAAAUUAUUCAACAACAUUAAAACAACAUGAUAGUAUUAAUAAUAAUAAUAAAACAUGUGAAAAAAUUGAUAAUAAAAUAACAAUAUCAAAUGAUGAUUUGCUUGAAGCCAUCGAGCAAUUAUCAAUGUUAUCAAAACCAAAAGAAAUUUGUGUUACACCAAAGAAAAAUGAAUUAAUGAAUAAUAAUAAAUUAAAAAUAAUAAAUGCUGAUAAAAAACGUAAAGAGCUGCAAGAUGAAGAUAGAAAAAAAUAUAUUGAAUUUUUAAAAAAUGAAAAAUUACAUAUACUUGGUAAUAUGGAUGUGUUGAAAAGAAGUGUUGCUGAUAUCGAAAUUCAGGAAGAAGAAAUUAAUCGAGCUCUUGAAUUGGAAAAAGCUCUUUUGUCGGCUGAACAUGAAUCGGAAUCAUUGAAAUUAUUAAGUGAAGAGUCAGAAAAAGCUAGUGUUCAAGAACGUAUUAAUGUACUUGAAUGUGGAAUGGCUGAAGACACUGAAUCACAAGCAAAUCUACAAACAGAAGCUAAAUUAAGAGUUGAAAAAGUUGAAAAAUUAUGUAAAAAAAUUGAAGAAGAAUAUAAUAAUUGUAAUGAUGAAUUAUUACAACAAGAAAUAUCAGAAAAAUUAACAUUUCAACAAGAAGCAUUAGAAAAUGAAAGAAAAACAUUUGAAGAUAUGGAAUUUCAUCAUCUUGAAGAAGAAGCAAGUAAAUUAGCAACAAGAGAAGAACUACAAAGAUAUUUAAGUGAACUAUCAAAAAAAAUUGAUACUAGAAAAUGUCAAUUAAAUCAGCUGGAAUCACAGAGAAAUGAAGCCAAAUCAACAGCAACAAAAGAAUCAAGAAGUCUUGAAAGACUAAAAUUAGGACACAUGAGAAGAUUAGAAGAAGGUCGUAAUAGAAUACGUGAAAUUGAUGAAGAAUUAGAAAGUUUAACUAAAAAUACAACUGAUAAAGCUGAUGAAAAAAGAUCACCAAGUAGAGAAGAUUUUGAUAGAAUAUCUAGAGUUACAAAUGAUUCACCAAUUGUUAAUAAUCAAGGAAGUUUAGGUCGUAAAACAAUUGAGUCAUUAAAAGAAAUUGAAAGAAAUCGUCAAUUACAUUUAGCUAAACAAGGAAGUCAAGUUAUAUCUGAUGAACGUAGAAGAGUUGAAGAAUUAAAACGUCGAGUUCAAGAUGAAGUUCGUACACAAUGGGAAGAAAGAAAAAUGAAUUGUGCAUCAUUUAAUAGUGUUGAAUCAGGUGAAGAAUCAUCAAGUUAUUCAACUGGUCCAACUGAGAGUGGAAGUGGAAGCAGUGAUGGAGCUGAUGUUGGUGCUAAUGAAAAAAUGUCACCAAGUAAAUUAUCUGAAUUUACAUCACCAAGUCCUGGACCAUCAACAAAUUCAUACACUCUUCUUAAUCAAAAUGACAAUAUGCGUGAUGGUAGAAGAACUUCAAUGGAGGGUGAAAGACUUAGCACAAAUAGUGUGGGUAUUGUCAGCAACGGAAGUCGACCAAUUUCCCAAACAUCCAGUGGAAUGGAAAGUGUUGGAUCAUUUCAAACAGUUAAACAUCGUGAUAAACCAAAAUUACAGAGACCAUUGACAAGAUAUUUACCAAUAAAAUCUGAAUCAUUAGAUUUGAAAAAUCAUAUUGAAACUGCUGGACAUCAUUUACCAUUGAUACAUGAUGUUACUGUUGACACAACAACAUGCUGUGGUACAUUAUCAAAAAUGAGUAAAAAAUUUCAUCACUGGAGUAAACGUUGGUUUGUUUUUGAUAGAAAAAGAAAAUCUUUAUCAUAUUACAGUGAUAGUUCAUUAAAAAAACUACGUGGUGUUAUUUAUUUUCAGUCAAUUGAAGCAGUUUAUGUGGAUCCAAUAAAUCCAGUUAGAUCACCACAACCAGCAUUGACAUUUAUUGUUAAAACAACAACAAGAGUUUAUCAUCUUAUGGCACCAAGUCCAGAGGCAAUGCGUGUAUGGGUUGAUGUUGUUAUAACUGGUGCUGAAGGACAAGAAUUUGAUUAUGGUGUUUGACAUAAAUCAAUGACUGAAUUUAGCAGGAUUAAUAUUUUUAACCCAAUCAAUAAUAUAUUGAUUACAUGUGCCUGAUAAACAAAUAUUCCAUCAAAUUAUUGAAAAUUAUAUUUCAAUAAUUAGAGGCCUUUUUUUUUUGGGAACAACAUUUUUUUUCUUUCUAAAUAAUUGUUGGUUUUAUCUUUUUUUUUAACGUGGCAUUGACAAGUGAAUGAAUCAACUGGUGCCAAUUUUUUUUUUCGUUUUUUUUUUCUUAUUAUAAGACACAUGAGAAUUUUAUUCAAGUAUUAUAACAUUUAUAUCCUCAAUAUCAUUAUCAACACUACCAUUUUUAUUAAUUGUAAAUUUACAAGAGUAAAACGUACGUAUACGUUAAAUUCUAGAAAAUAAAAAAAAAAAUAUUAAUCUAGUCUUCCAACGUAAGAAAAUUUGAUGUAUUUCAAAACAAAAAUAUUUUUAAUUAAAAAAAAAAUCAAGGGGUUUUUUUUAUACUGAAAAAAAUAUUUUUAAACGAAAUUUUUAAAAACAAAAUUAUACAAAUUUUAAUUUAUUUUAAGUAUACAUAAAUUUUUGUCAAAUUUAUACAAAGAAUUAAUCACCGUGUAAUUUUUUAACUAUACAUUGAUGACCAAUAAAAAUUGUAAUUUAGUUAUUUUUUUUUUUUAAAUUAAAUACCACUGAUUAAGUUUUUUUUUCUGGUAUUUUGUUAUCAGUAGUUUCAAAGUGUACAGUCGCUUCAAUGUGGCAAUAAUCAUUGAAGCGUUCAAGUGUCCUCUUAAAUAUAAUACAAAAAUAUUUAAAAAAAUAAUAAAUUAUUAAAUUAAAUUGUUA